AUGGCCACCUACAACUUCAGAAUUUCAUAUGUCAAAGGAAACGAAAAUGCUAGAGCAAAUGCUCUCAACCGAAAACCAAAAUACUUACAAAACAAAACACACGAAUCACACACAAUAUUGAAACAGGACAACGACGCUUUAGUUCACAAUAAACCACAACUUGCUGCUACUUCAGGAGUAAAUUAUGAUACUAUCAAAGAUAUCAUAAAGACAGAAUACUCAACGGAUGCUACAGCCAAGAAAAUCCUAGCUAUCCCAGACAAUCCAGAAAGAGGAUUCACUAUCGAAGAUGGAUUCAUCCAUUUUCAUGACAAGCUUUACAUACCCUCCAAUCUAGCUAAGGAUUACGUCACGGAGCAACAUGAGCUUCCAGCUCACGGGCAUCAAGGUAUUAUAAGAACCUUUGCUAGAAUAAGGAGAGAAGUGUACUUUCCAAAGAUGAGGACUAUAGCUGAGAACGUAGUUGGGAACUGCGAUAUCUGUAUAAGAAAUAAAGCCGCCCAGUAUGCACCUUAUGGCCAGCUCAAAACCCCCGAACUACCUACUCAACUAUGGAAGUCCAUUGCUUGGGAUUUUGUAGUAAAACUACCAUUAUCCAAAGACCCAGUCACCCAGAAGGAGUACGACUCCAUCCUGGUGGUGACGGACAGACUAACCAAGUUUGCUCACAUGAUACCAUUCUGUGAAACUUGGACGGCAGAUGGCCUUGCUUAUAUAUUCAUGCGGAAUAUAGUUAGCAUACACGGUGUACCAGAUGAGAUCAUCUCAGAUAGGGACAAGCUAUUCACAUCGAAAUUUUGGUCUACCCUUAUGGCAUUGCUUGGAAUCAAGAGAAAGCUCUCGACAGCCUUUCACCCAUAA